AUGGGAGCCUGCCAAUCGUGCCUAGGCCGGCGCGAUAGGGACGACUAUGAAGAGAGCGACGAGAACCGUCUACUGUACGACGAUGGCAAUGGAAUGGGCUACGGAAGCUUCAACGACCCGGCCAUGACUGGCGACGACACUCUUGAGGCACAGCGUGAGCACGAAGCCCUGCAAAGAGUGGUGGCUAAAACAUCAAAUAAUAUGGUGGACGUUUUCGAGAUUGGCCCUCAAGAUUUCGUUGGCCGAGGCGGCACGUCCACGCCGUUUGCCUACGCUGGACAAGGCGCCAGAGUUGCUCGUUACCAGCACCUGGUGUCGAAAUUGAGCACUGAGGAAGAUCUUGCUACCCCUGGAGUCAAGAUUGAUUGGCUCACGGACGACGAAGACAACCUCGAAAUGCGGAACAACACGACAACCAGUGUCAAAGCCAUCGACGAUGGUGCAGUUGGACCACUUGUCGGCACAUUCGCGGAUGCUGCAGCGGCCAUGAAUUAA